AACAACAAUAAUAUCUGACAAAUAUAGCAGCUGAGAAAAGAGAAAACUAGAAAUCUAAAGCUAUUGGGCUGUGAUGAAUAGAUGCCGCGAGCAGUGGAGCAUGGACUUCAUGAGCUUUUUGGUCAACGCACAGCGGCUGACCCAGUGGCUGCACGGCUGCACUUACAGCGCCCCACCGGCGGUCCGGAGCUAAUGUAUAUCGCCCUCUCACACGAGAGCUGCGAUCUGGACUCGGUGGUUAGUACAUUGGCCAUUGCAUAUUUGCGCUAUCGCAAUCCUGGCACACUGCAGCAUAACUAUAUGCCCGUAUUAAAUAUGCUGCGACGCGAUUAUCCCAGCAAGUCGGAGGUGCGCUUUCUGCUUGACAAGCAGCACAUCAAACCCGAUAGGCACCUGGUCUUUCGCGAUGAUGUUCCCGAGGAGCUGCUGUUGCGCAGUCGCUUCAUUUUGGUCAAUCAUCAUGUCAGUCCCUUCCACUAUUGCACCGAGGAGGUCUACGACUAUCGGCCCUAUCAAUGCGAGGCCGCCCGUCUGCCAAUCUACUGCCAGCGCAUCAUGCAUCCGAUGCGCUCCUGUGCCGCCCUAAUAACCGAACGCUACGACAGCCCCAUCUAUAACUAUGCGAAUGUGCGCUGUUUGCGCGUCUUUGAGCUGCUCCAUGCUGCACUCCUCCUGCAAAACAGCAACUAUGCGCAGUACACGCCGGAGCAGCUGCCCAAUGUGCGCGACUAUCAGCUUUUGGUCUAUCUGGAGAAGCAGCUGGGACAGCUGGAUACACCGCAGCGCACCAUUCUAUAUGACACGCUGGUCAGUGCGAUGUUCGAUCUAAAUGAGCUGACGUUGCCGCAGAUUCUGCGGCGCGAGUUCAAACUGCUGCGCGCCAACAAUGGCAGCCAUUUAGUACGCAUUGCCCAGUGCUGCUUCCCGAUGGCAGUCACACGUUUCAUAUCGUUCGAGUUUGCUCAGCUGGCAAUCCAACAGUUUGCCGCAGAGCACAGCUGCGACUUUAUAAUGCUGCUGGGCACCAGCAUGCAACCCAAGGGCGGACUGGUCAUCAAAGAGCUCGGUCUCAUACCGCUCGACUCACUGAGAGACGUGGAGGAUAGACGCCUAUUUGAUCACAUGAUUAUUAAUCUUAGUGCAGCCGUAGAGCCCUUGCUUGCACUAGAGCCGUAUCGUGGGCUCAACUUCAUGCAGGGCGCUUUCUUUUUUAUUAAUGUCUGGAACGUUCAGUUCUACGAUAUGCUGUACCUUAUGCAGCGCGUCAUCUACAACUGGGUAUCUGAGGACAAAUUCUCGCCCACCUAGCCCUACUCCCUACAUUUAUUUCAAAUAAGGCCUAACAAAAUUGCACUGGCCCCAUGACCCCCGCCCCACCCCCUUUCAGUUGUCCACUGUCUCAUGUGCUCAAGUUGGCGCAACCAAACCAGCAUCACUCGUUUCGGUGGAACCCACUUAUCAAUUCCUUGGCAAGCCAAACCAUACGCGACUUGAUUCAUGCCCUACGCUUCAAUUUAAUUACAAAAUAUUCAAAUCUAUUUCAUCAAAAACUUUCAGUUACAAUUCUAUUUAGCUUCGAGAAAUAUCCCUUGUAGGCAAACCAUAUAAGUGAUUUUAUUUUUUUUUUAUUAUUUUUAUACAUUAACUAGAAAAAAAUUAAGUUCUUAGUUUGGACACCAGGCUAGAUCUUAGGCGCUGUGAUAUCUCUUAUUUUUGUACCUUAAAGAACAAAUUAACCGAAAAUAUCAACUUUU